AUGUCCCUAGACCACCAGGGUCAAGAGGUCAUUUGCGACUCGGGUGAUUCAGACAAUGUGACCAGAGACAGGUUUGCCCAAUUGGAUCAACCUAUUGCUGUCAAAGUAGCAACUGACAGUGCAUGCGACUUCAUAACAGGCACGGGUACUUUGAACAAAGUCAAGAUUUUGAAGGCAAAAGCGGAUGCAGCGGCUAUAUUGAUGGAAACAAUCAUUCAAUGGGAGAAUCAAACAGAUGUGAAACUCAAGGUCCUCAGAUCGGACAAUGGGGGUGAAUUUGACUCCAAGGUCCUUGCACCGGAGCCAGCUCCACCAUCUGGCUCAAAGACCAUCAUGGGCAACAACAAACAUACAACAUCCAACCUUCUCCUACUCAACGAUUUCACAGAAGAAAUCAAGGUGGCUGAGCAAGAGAAGGCUGUUGACGCUUGCCAACAAGAUUGUGCUGAUGAUUCUGACUCAAUACCAAUGAUGUUCUGUGCGGCCAUGCGCUCCGAGGAAGCUGCGCAAUGGAAACUUGCAAUUGAUACCGAACUAGAGAACUUGCGCCGUAAAAGAGCUCAAUGGGUCUUUGCGAAGAAGAUAAACAAGGAUGGGUCCAUCAAGUUCAAAGCUAGAUAUGUGGCAAAGGGUUUCAACCAGAAGGAAGGAACCGAUUUUGCUCACACCUUCGCACCAACAGCAACAUUUACCUCAAUGAGAGUUCUUCUCACCAUUGCAGCGAAGAACAACUGGCCUAUCUAUAACUUCAAUUUUGUGGCCGCCUACCUCAACGCUCCCAUUGAUGAGGAGGUUUGGGUUCAAGCGCCUGAAGGGCUUGACGUGAACCUUGGUGAAGCUUGUUUACUACAACGCGCUCUGUACGGCACCAAACAGGCUGCACGUUGCUGGUGGAAACAUCUCAGCGAAACCCUGGCCGAUUUGGGUUAUGUUUCUAGCUACUAUGACUCUAGCGUGUAUACUCUCAGCAACAAGAAAGAUCGAUCCAUCAUCUGGGUACAUGUGGAUGACAGAAUCGUGACGGGAUCAUCAGACGCCGCACUCAAGCAACUAGAAGUACAACUCAAAGGAAGUCUUGAGAUUAAAUUGGAAGAAGGCCUCAAGAGCAUGAUUCUUACGGAACGCUGGGACGGAGCAACACUACACUCUAGCCCUCUGCUGGAGGGAUACACAGCCAACACAGAAGAUGAUGUAGAUGGGAUUAACAGUUCCGACUAUCUCUCUAUUGUUUGGGAGCCUCAGUUACGUGGCAGUUGGAAAGCGACCUGA